ACCAAAUGACACCACAACACAGACGAUAUAAACUAUUUUCUGCUAGGGUUUUUGUACUCUCUGCAGCUUGUUGCGAAGCAAGGGUUCCUCUUCGAUCGGCGUUCUCUCUCUUUCUCUUCCUCUCUCAUAGUAACCAUGAUUAUUCCGGAGAAGAACCGCAAAGAGAUCUGCAAGUACCUCUUCAAAGAGGGAGUUUGCUAUGCAAAGAAAGACUAUAAUCUGGCGAAACAUCCUGAAAUUGAGGGGGUCCCCAAUCUUCAUGUGAUUAAGCUGAUGCAAAGAUUCAAGUCAAAGGAGUAUGUGCGUGAGACCUUUGCCUGGAUGCACUACUAUUGGUUCCUGACAAAUGAUGGCAUUGAGCAUUUGAGGACUUACCUCAGUCUCCCAUCAGAGAUUGUGCCUGCCACCUUGAAGAAGUCCGUGAAGCCACCUGGUCGGCCCAUGGGUGGGGCACCUGGUGAUCGCCCACGGGGACGUUUUGAAGGUGACAGACCCAGGUUUGGUGAUCGUGAUGGGUAUCGUGGAGGUCCUAGAGGAGCCCCUGGUGAGUUUGGCGGUGAGAAAAGCGGAGCUCCAGCUGACUUCCAGCCUUCUUUCAGGGGUUCUGGACCUUCUGGUGGUAGGCCUGGCUUUGGUCGUGGAGCUGGAUCAUAUGGUGGACCCUCCAUUUAGUUCAGGUUUUCCUUGAUUUAUUUGUUUUUUUUUUUUCAAAAUCAUCAGCUAUGGCGAAUUUAGGAGUUGAAAAUUGAGGACUGAUCUGGUGUGGCAGUUGAAGUUCAACAACAUUUUGUUAGCCUUUUGAAGUAUAAUAUUUUCAUUAAGUUUAUAUCUGGACAAGUUUUGGUUUUUGGUGGAUGUGCUACUCUUCAAUUUUCCGUUGUUAGUACUAAAAAGCUAUGUUGAGGUUAAAUGUCUAUACAAUAUAUUUUAUUUCUACUGUGAUAAAUUAGAUGAUAUCAUAUUAAUGCUUC